ACCUCAAGCAUCUCAAAGAAGAACUGUUGAACUCUGCCAUCUCAAUCAUUUGGACCCUUAGAGCCCUUGACACUCUUCAUGAUGUGACACACUCAAGCCCAUGAUCAUCUAUUUAUUGACAAGAGUGCUUUCUUCGACAAUGUGAUUAGAUUGACCCUGAGCAGGUCGAUGUAUAUAACACUGCGGUAUCUAGCAAUCUUGUCCUCAGUUCCACCAUACACUGAACGAAGUCUCAACGACACAUUUGAAGUAUCCUCCGCAGCGUUUAACAUGCAACUCAAACUCAAACACCUCUAUAUCAUCUUGAUACCUGCCGUCCUCGGCAUUGGUUCUUUGUUCGCUCAGGCGACACCUCUCGAUGAGAUCGAGCGUGGACCUCUUGGGGUCGCUGUGUCCGAAGCGUGUCCAGCGUGCAAGGAUAGAAAUUCCACAAUGGAAGUUUCGGGGGUACGGUCUCAUUCCAGAAACAGAAGGAGCAAAAUAUCACAAUUGCAUUGAUGCGCUGUCGGGUCUAUAAUUU